CGAUAGUGCGGCGCAGAAACGGGGCUGAGCUCGGCGGAUGGGAUGGACGAGGAAGUGUGAGCAGGACACGAAUGAGUAAGCUCCAGGACAAACCAUCGCACCAGUUCCAAACGGGUAGAAAGACCAGCCACUGCGUCCCUGGGUGAAUGCUGCAGAUUUCAAUUGCUGACGAUCUCCUGAAGAGCAUCCACGAUUUCAGAGGAAGAAAGGUAGACUUCGCACUCCCUGGUGUGCUAUGAGAAUUCCAGUUAUGGAUAAACUUAAUGUAACUCGUGCCCUCCCUGCUUCUAUUUUCGUGGCCAGCGACCAAGCGAUACCAGAUGGAGCUCUGAUGAUACACAACGCUGUCCUCGUCUGGCCUGCUGAAAUACUCGUCCACCAAGGUCCAAUCGCCUUUGCCGUCCCGAAAGAGAUUUACAUCGGAGGUUCACAGUUCGAUAACACGCAGUACGCGAAAGCUAGUCAAGGGGGCAAAUAUGACUGUAUGGUAGGCCGCUUUGACUGCGACAUAUCGGCCUUAACAACGGGUCCUGACCAUUGGCAUCGAAUCUCCCGGGUCCGCUCAGAUCUUUGUCCCACCAUGCUUGAAUUGUCGACAUACAGACCAUUUUCCGAGAGAAAACCAGCCUUCCUCUGGAUCGAAUCUGUGAUUCCAUGCACAAGGUUCCUUUCCAAGUCUUCAGCCGCUUCACUUCCAGAAGAGCACCAAUGACAUCCAGAAUAAGAGAAGGGCAAAUCUGGGUUUUCAAGUGGUAAGGAGUGACAUCGUAGGACGACAGGACUGGAUCAGACUCGCAGGAAGAGGGGUUCAUGAACGCCGUGAAGACGUUCUCGGAUGGAGGAAAGGAUCCACAAGGAUCAUGGGUAAUCGGGGGACUUGAAGGACUUGGAGGAGUCGCUGCUUGCCCUCGUAGCUUUCGACCAGGUCAUUCUGUAACUUUGGAAGAGGCUACAGACGAACAUUGGCAGAGUUGCGCCAGUAUUGUGCACGGAUAUAUCGGGUGCGGCAACCCAGGAGGAGUUACUUGGACGGGUGAGGUAGUUGUGUUCGAUCUACCGGACGUCUUGGGCGCAGGAAUGGGUGGAAUCAGGCGGCCAAAGCCCGUUCUUGGCUCACGCGAUUCCCCUGCCCGGAUAACCUGGUCAAUAUGAAUAUUUUGUGUUGCCCUCUGGAUUCCAAGCACUGGGUUGAAGAGCAUUACUGAU